AUGGCAUUGCGUUCGUAUGUCACCCUUAUCAUCUUCCUACUUUCUUUUUCCUUUCUCGCGUCUCAUGUUGCUGGAACUCAAAUUAUCUCCAAAUCCAAGUUGGAGAAGUGCGAGAAGAACUCCAACUCCGAUAAUCUCAAUUGCACCACCAAAAUUGUAGUCAACAUGGCUAUUCCCAGUGACUCGAGUGGAGGAGAGGCUUCAAUUGUUGCAGAAUUGGUGGAAGUAGAGGAAAAUUCAACUAGAAAGAUGCAGACAUUGCGGAUUCCGCCUGUGAUAACGGUCAACAAAACUUCUGCAUAUGCAUUGUAUGAGUUAACAUACAUAAGAGAUGUUCCAUAUAAACCUGAAGAGUAUUAUGUUAAAACACGCAAAUGUGAGCCAGAUGCUGGUGUGAAUGUUGUGAAGAUAUGCGAGAGAUUGCGAGAUGAAGAGGGUCAUAUAAUUGAGAACACUCAGCCAAUAUGUUGUCCAUGUGGGCCCCAGCGGCGGAUGCCUUCAUCACGUGGAAACUUCUUUGAAAAAGUAACAAAAGGAAAGGCCAACACUGCACAUUAUGUACGUUUCCCAGGUGAUUGGUUUCAUGUUUUUGGCAUUGGGCGACGAGCAUUGAGAUUUAGGGUUCGAAUACAGGUGAAGAACAGAACUCAAGUUUCGGAAGUGGUGGUGGGACCUGAAAAUAGAACAAUGAUCUCUGGUGAUAAAUUUUUUAGGGUUAAUCUUAUUGGAGAUUUUGUUGGGUAUACAACUAUACCAUCUUUUGAGGAUUUCUAUCUUGUUGUACCAAGGCAGGGAAGCUUUGGUCAACCACAAGAUUUGGGAAGAAACAUUUCUAUGUGGAUGCUACUUGAGAGAGUGAGAUUUACCUUAGAUGGUAUUGAAUGUAACAAAAUCAGUAUUAGCUAUGAAGCUUUUAAUCAACAACCAAACUUUUGUUCUUCACCCUUUUGGACUUGCUUGCAUAAUCAACUGUGGAAUUUUUGGGAGGCGGACUUGAAUCGAAUGAGAAGGAAUCAGAUGCCACUCUAUGGUUUGGAAGGAAGGUUUGAAAGGAUAAACCAACAUCCAAAUGUUGGGAGUUAUUCUUUCUUCAUAGGAAUUAUAGAGGUUCUCAAUACAAAUCUUGUGUUAGAAUUAAGUGAAAAUGAUGUAGAGUAUGUAUAUCAAAGUAAUUCACAAUAG